UGCAGCACUUUGAACGUCUUUGCUGUUGAACUGUGCUGCAUGAAUGAACUUGUCUAUCAGAGGAUGAGCUGGAGCCUGAAGGCCUCAUGCUGCUCAUUAGUCUCCUCCGCGCAUCUCCGCCUCCACUGCGCAGGCGCACUUCCUCCAGGACGCAGCGACACAGGGAGCCCAUCCACAGAGAACACACGGAGGGGUCAAAAUGGCCCUCGACAAUCUCAUCUUCGCCCAGUGCAUCCUCUAUUUCCUAGCCUUCGUGUUCGGCUUCAUCGCUGUGGUGCCUCUGUCGGAGAACACGGAGGACUUCGGCGGGAGGUGCCUGCUGUUCACGCGGGGGAUGUGGCAGAACGAGAACAUCACGGUGUCCAAGCAGCGCUUCAUCGUGGAGGAGUGGGGACCCGAGUCCUCGUGCAGCUUCAUCACCUUCGUCGGGAUCGCGUCCCUCAUCCUGUCCGCGGUGCAGGCGUGGAGGCUGCUCUUCUUCCUGUGCAAAGGACACGACGACUCCCUCUUCAACGCCUUCCUCAACCUGCUGAUCAGCUCCCUGGUGGUGUUCACAGUCUUCUUGUCCAGCACCAUCGUCAGCGUGGGCUUCAACCUGUGGUGCGACUCCAUCACUGAGGGGGGGACCAUGCCCAGCAGCUGCGAGGACCUGCAGGACACGGAUCUAGAACUUGGCCUGAACAACUCUGCUUUUUAUGACCAGUUUGCUAUAGCUCAGUUUGGCCUGUGGGCUGCCUGGCUCACCUGGCUGGCCAUCGCAGUGAUGGCGUUCCUCAAGGUUUAUCACAACUACAGACAAGAGGACCUGCUGGACAGCCUGAUCCACGAGAAGGACUUGCUGCUCGGCCGCUCCGCGCGUCACAGCUCCGUCCUCAAGACCGGCAUGAUCUAGAAGAGAAAAAAAAAAAAAAAAAGCCAGGGGAUGUGCAGACACACACAUUGUCAUUCACACCCAACCAUGUAUCGUCCUCCACCUGCCACAAGAAACACCGAUGUUUCCCCAUGUAGACAAUCAAAAUCUAUUGGCUUGUGCUUCCAUUGACCAGUGGUUUGAAUGGAACUGCUGGUUUUAGCUUUGUUCUGCAGAGAUGAUUCCCCCUCAGAAAUCUACCAGUGUUUGCUAAUCCUCAGUGUCCUGCUUUAUUCUACCACUGUGUUCACACACAAAUAGAGCCUUUGAUAGUAUUAAAACCAAUCCGGUGGAGAUUGCACCCUUUUUUUUUCUCAACUCAUGACUUUCCAUUUAGCAGCAGAGUAUUAUUGACUUCAAAUGGAUCGGCCGAUCGAUCAAGUUCUUCAGAAACUGCUGCAUGGACAUAAUGCAUGGCGAUUUUAUAGGGUGGUUUUUAGAUGUGAAGAGAUAUCCUCUUGUUUUAUACGCCAAAUACACAUGUUCCAUGGUAGGAUGAUGUGAGAAGUCUUUGCAUGCUGCAGCAAAGUCCAAUGAUGUUUGCUUUAGAGUUACAUAAGGGUCUUUAUAAUUAAAAACGACAAAUUGUAGUUCAGGACCGUCGUGUCUCAGGCAGCAGGUUCCUAAAAAAU